AUUUAUCUAACAAGCGUCAUUUGCAUUGUUAUCAAAAUGGGGAAGAGACAACAUCAGAAGGAUAAAAUGUACAUAACAUGCUCCGAAUAUACAAAUUUUUACGGCGGGAAAAAAUCUGAAAUUCCACAGGCCAAUUUCCGCCGUCUCCCAUUUGACCACUGCAGCUUGUCUCUUCAGCCAUUUGAGUAUCCAAUGUGCACAGAGGAGGGGGUCGUAUUUGAUUUGUUGAGCAUAGUUCCCUGGAUAAAGAAGUACGGCACAAAUCCCAUUUCUGGGGAGAAACUUGAAGCCAAGGCUCUCAUCAAGCUGAACUUCGCCAAGAACAAUGAUGGAAAGUACCACUGCCCUGUGCUGUACACCAUCUUCACAAACAACUCCCACAUCGUGGCCAAUAAGGUCACAGGAAAUGUGUUUUCCUAUGAGGCAGUGGAGCAACUCAACAUCAAAACAAAGAGUUACAAAGACCUGCUCACUGAUGAGCCUUUCACACGGCAAGACAUCAUCACCCUGCAGGAUCCCACCAAUCUGGAUAAGUUUAACGUCUCCGACUUCUUCCACGUGAAGAACAAUAUGAAAGUGCCAGAUCCAGAUGAGGAGAAGGCCAAACUGGACCCAGCAUAUCACCUGAAGACCACCAACCUGGAGACCAGGGAGACCCUGGCUGAGCUUUAUAAGGACUACAAGGGGGAUUCACUGCUGGCCUCCACCAUGAAGGAGCCGGAGAAGAAGAAGACGGACAAACUCAAUGCCGCCCACUAUUCCACUGGUCGGGUGUCGGCCUCCUUUACCUCCACUGCCAUGACCCCAGAAACGACUCACGAAGCAGAUAAGAUCGCAGAUGACGUUGUGCGCUACCAGUAUGUGAAGAAGAAGGGUUACGUUCGCCUUCACACCAACAAGGGCGACCUCAACCUCGAGCUUCACUGUGACAAGGUUCCCAAAGCUGGUGAGAACUUCAUCAAACUCUGCAAGAAAGGCUACUAUGAUGGAACGAUCUUCCAUAGAUCCAUACGCAACUUCAUGAUUCAAGGGGGGGACCCUACCGGAACGGGGACAGGUGGCGAGUCGUUCUGGGGAAAGCCCUUCAAGGACGAGUUCCGGCCCAAUCUGUCCCACACCGGCCGUGGAGUCCUUAGCAUGGCCAAUUCUGGGCCCAACACCAACAAGUCGCAGUUCUUUAUAACCUUCCGCUCUUGCACGUACCUGGACAGGAAGCACACGGUUUUUGGGAGAAUUGUUGGUGGGUUUGAAACAUUGACGGCCAUGGAGAAUGUUGAGAGUGACCCCAAAACGGACAAACCGAAGUCAGAGAUUAAGCUCCUGAGUGCCUCCGUGUUUGUGGAUCCCUACGAGGAAGCAGAUGCCCAGAUCGCUGAGGAGAGGCAGAAGGAGAUACAGAAGCAGCAGGAGGAGGCUGAGGCCAGCGCCGUAAAAACCAAAGCCAAAGUUGACGAGAAGCCCAAAGUCUUCCGGCCCGGAGUGGGAAAGUACAUCAACAUGGCUGCAACGAAGAGGCCGGCAGCAGUGGAAGACGACAGACCGUCCACCAGCUCAGCAGCAAAACAGCUCAAGGGCAAGAGUGGCUUUGGAGACUUCAGCUCCUGGUAGACUGCAGCUCCUGACAACAUUGUGCAAGCUCAAGCAUUUGUAAUUUUUAUACAUUUUUUUUCAAAUCUGAAGUUGCAUAGUAUUUCUUUAGUUUUUGUUUAAUGUUUUUUUUCCCAGUAUGUAAUAAAUUUCCUUUUGCAAAAAAGCCUCCUGUCUUGUUCUAUAGUGAUUGACAGCAAUGUUUGUGGGAUGCAGGAAGUUCACAGAUACAGGGGCAACAGCGUGGAGCUGUGAAGUCCAUCAGCCUACCAGAGACCCUCAUCUGACACGAGCAAUCACUCUGCAUUCAUAGGAGGCAGAUUAAUGGACAGAUCCUGUACAUUUGUGGUGGGGCAGGCACUUAAUAAAGGGCUCACAGUAAUGCUUAGCAGUCACUACCUCUUGCAGAGUGAUUAAUGCCCCAGUUUAGCCUCUCCCUGGACUUAGGCCAUUUUGCCGCAAGUAGGCAUGACUCAAUGGUCUUCCUUUGUUACAAGUGGGCUGGGAAAUAGGCAACAAGAAAUUAGAUGUAUAAACUGGAAAUUGCCAGUUUAUGUACCUGUAAAUUCCCUGCUUCCCAUUGUGUACAUUUUGUUCCAAUAAAAAUAAUCUGCC